UUUUUCUUUCCAAACCGGAUACCUCCCGAGCGCUGAUUCCCCACAGGGCUGCACCCCCCCUCCACCGGGGCGCUCCCGCCGCCCUCCCACCUUGUAUGGUGGGACCAGCGAGAGGCGCAGCCGAGCGCUGCCCCGGGCUCUCCCCGUCCCGCUCCUCUGCCGCUCCCCGCCUGGCCCCGCAUUGGCAGCCGAUGUAGGGCACGGCGCGGCGCGCCCGAGCCCCAGCGCCGCCACGGGAGCGGCCCCACAGCCCCCGCGGCGCCGUCUAUGCCCGAGCCGCGCUCCCUCCCCGCCGCCUCCCCCAUGGUGCGGCCCCGCCGCGGGCCGUUGGCGAGUCGCUGGGCAGGGCCGCGGAGAAACCGCCGGUGCUGCGGGCAAGCCGCGAAGGCGGCGGGUCUGAGAUGAGAUAAAAGCGGCGGCGGAGCCAGGAGCCCCGCGGAGGAGCGGGGCCGGGGGUUGGCGGCGGAGAGCGACGCGACCCCCGGCCGCCCGCCUGUCGUAUGUUCAGGUCCAAACGCUCAGGGCUGGUGCGGCGACUUUGGAGGAGCCGCGUCAUACCGGACAGGGACGGCGGAGAUGGGAGCGCCAGGAGCGGCCACGACCUCGGAGCCACCGGUACUUUCAAGAUCGCGGAGAAAAACCCUUCGGUGGAGAUCCGCGCGGUAGCGCGCAGCCUGCUGCGGGAGGCGGCGGGCGAGGCGGCGGCCCGCGGGGACCCCAUGGCGGAGGAACGACGCGGGGCCCGGCUCCGUGCCCCGCCGCGGCGGGAGGGAGCCGAAGGGGCGAGCCCGCGGCGGGCACAAGAGAGCGACGGGAGGACGGUGACCUGCUGCCUCUUCAAGGAGCGAGAAGCGGGCGGCCCCCAGCUCUCCCCCGCCGCCGUUCUCCUCGAUCCCUCCAGCCCCGACGGCGCGUCCGACGGCGACUCCCCGGAGCGGCGCGGCCGAGAGGCGCGGUCGCGGUUGCUGCUGCUGGAGCAGGAGCUGAAGGCCGUCACCUACUCGCUGCUGAAGCGGUUGAAGGAGCGCUCGCUGGACAGCCUGCUGGAGGCGGUGGAGUCCCGCGGGGGCAUGCCCAGCGGCUGCGUGCUGGUGGCCCGCACAGAGGUUCGUCUGGGCGGCCAGACGGCACCCCCACACCUUCUCCUGGGCAAGCUCUUCCGCUGGCCCGACUUGCAGCACCCGGCCGAGCUGAAACCCCUCUGCGAGUGCCAGAGCUUUGGUGUCUCUGACGGACCCACUGUGUGCUGCAACCCCUACCACUUCAGCCGUCUCUGUGGGCCAGAGUCUCCACCACCUCCCUACUCUCGGCUGUCUCCUAAUGAUGAGCAAAAGCCACUGGAUCUAUCAGAUUCCACGUUGUCUUACACUGAAACAGAGGCUACAAACUCUCCCAACAUCACGCCCGGAGACUUCUCAGACGCCAGCACGUCCCCCGAUGCCAUGAAGAGAAGCCAUUGGUGCAACGUGGCCUACUGGGAGCACCGGACGCGCGUCGGCCGCCUCUACACAGUGUACGAACAGUCUGUCAGUAUCUUUUAUGACCUACCUCAAGGAAACGGCUUCUGCCUCGGACAGCUAAACCUGGAGAACAGGAGCGAGACUGUGAGAAGGACUCGGAGUAAAAUCGGCUACGGGAUUUUACUCAGCAAAGAACCGGACGGCGUGUGGGCCUACAACCGCAGCGAGCACCCCAUCUUCGUCAACUCCCCGACACUGGACAUCCCCAACUGUAGGACUCUGAUCGUGCGCAAGGUGAUGCCAGGCUAUUCCAUCAAGGUGUUUGACUACGAGAAGUCCUGCCUCUUGCAGCACACAGCCGAUCUGGAUUACACCGACGGGCCCUACGACCCCAACAGCGUCCGCAUCAGCUUCGCCAAGGGCUGGGGACCCUGUUACUCCAGGCAGUUCAUCACCUCCUGCCCGUGUUGGUUGGAGAUCUUACUGAGCAACAAUCGAUAACGCUCAAGCCUCUGACAA